UGUUGUUGUUGCUACUUUCUAGCCAGAGAACACCAUGACACUAGCGACCGAAUCAAAAUAAAGUUGUAUUUGAUAGGAUAAAGCCGUCGACCUUACCUCGCUGUCUGUAUUGGUAAUGGCAGAAGUCAGUUUUACUACUUUGACGUUGCCUAUCUUCUCUGCUUGAAUGUAGUCUAGUAGUAUCUAAGAUAUAAAAUAAAUAAAUAGUUAAUGAUGUGUACGUGGCUGACAAAUAUGUGUUUCAAAAGUGGGACGUGGGGCGAGAUGGAUUUCGAAGAAGACAUGAACCACAAUGUCAUGAUGCAAACAAACGAACCUACAGUAGAAAUACAGCCGAAAGCCCGCAAGCUCCUAACUGAGAAAGAGAGUUCUGAAAUCACAGUUGAAGAAAUAGCAGAUUUAAUAUACAACUGCAAAAGUGGUAUAGUAUUCUUGACAGGUGCGGGUAUCUCUGAGGCAUCAGACAUACCGACCUUCAGGGACCCUGAACAUGGAGUUUGGGCCAAACACGACCCAAGGGAAGUGGGUACACGGAUGGCGUUUCAGAAUCAUCCCGAAAGGUUAUGGAGGAUUUUAUUGGAGAUGGUGGGACCAGAUAAUUCCCCAAUACCGAAUGCAGGGCAUAGUGCGUUGGGAGAGUUAGAGAAGUAUGGAUAUGCAUCAACUAUAAUCACACAGAACGUGGAUGAUCUACACGAACAAAGCGGAAAUAAUAAUGUAAUUCACCUUCACGGAAACCUGUGGAGUACCGAGUGUAUAGUGUGUGGCACCCCCGGAGAUACUACACACGAGCUGCUCCGAGACACGCCCAAAAAGGACUUGCCGCCCAGGUGUAAGAAGUGCGCACAGAAGGGUGUGCUGAAGCCCGACGCCGUACUAUUCGGCGAGAUUCUCAACAAGAACAUACUGGCCUCAGCAGUGAGUGCGAUGGAGAACACACCGUUGUUAUUUGUACUGGGCACGAGUGCACGUGUGAGCCCGGCCACAGACCUACCUGUGAUUGCCUCGAACGCGGGGGCAAAGGUUGUGGAAAUCAAUAUGGAGGAAACCCAACUAACCCACACGUGCGUGGACUACUACCUGCACGCGCCCUUAGAAACUGUCUUGCCACAGAUCGUCGAGUGUGUGCGGAGGAUAUACCGGGAAAGUAACCCCCGAUCAUCCAUUGUGGCGUCUUUAAGCAAGACAUUCUCGAGACCCUCACUGCUUCCCGACCAAUCAUAAACUUAAAAGGUAUAUAAAAAUCCAGCAUGCUUGCACCUACUCAGACUUGUUGAUGAGGUUAGAAGUUGUUUCUCGUGCAUGUGCAUGCAGGUAUUCUUGAUACCUGCUUCACAUU